AUAGCAGAAAACAAAAAAAUAAAUGUAAAUUUUUGUUUGCCAGAAAGUGCUGCAGCAAAAAAAAAUAUUAAAAAAAAGAAGUUUUUGUUGUAUAGUUGUGUGAGUUUUUCGGUCGUUUCGUUUGCCGUGUGUGCGUGUAUGUCAGUCAGUCAGUCGAUUUGUGUGUAAACAACAAAAACAAACAUAUUUUGAUGAAAUUUACAAAACAACAACAAAAAAUCUUUACAAAACAACAAAAAAAUAUACAUAAUUUUGCUGCCUUUUUUUUAAUAUUGUUUGUGUAAUUUUACUUCGUGUCUGUGUGUUUUGUUGUUUUUACGAAAGUGUUAUUUUUUUUGUUGGUUGUUGUUGGCGUGUUGUUGCUGUUUUUCCUCUUCUUCUCAUGUAACUGACCAGAUUUCUACGUCACUCUCUGUGUCUUUUAUGGAAAUUGCAUUACAACAACAAUUAUUUAGCAGCAACAUUAAUAAUUCAUUCAAUUCAAUUAGAUGGGAAACAAAAUGUCUUUUUAUGUGAAAUUCGUGGGUGUUUAUAGAAUUUUUAAAGCAAGUGUUUAAGAAAAAAAGUGGUUUAUGUCUAAAAAACACAAAAAUUUAAUAUUAAAUGAGUAAUUGUCCAAAAAUAAUUAGAAAAAAGCAAGAAAAUCGUUAAAAAAGAAAAUAAAAAAGUUAAAAUAAUAAAAAAAUUACAAUGAAAAAGAUUUGAAAGCUUUACAGAAAUAAAAAUCAAAAGGCCAUUAAAAAUAAAAACGAAAAAUUAUAAGAAAAUAAAAUAUAAUUAAAAAAAAGAGAAAUAAAAAAGUCUUAAAAAUCCAACAAAAAGUGUUUCUGCAAAAAAACAAUCAUUAACAAACAUGAAUAAUUAUCAAAAUCAAACACCACCACCGGUGUUGAGAAAUCAUCAUCAACACCAGCAGCUGCAGCAGCAACAACAACAGCAGCAGUUGCAUCACAACAAUCAUCAUUUCUCAUCAACAGCAAUAGCAGCCGCCACAGUGGCAAUACCCUCAACAAUACAAUUGACACCUUCGCAUCAACUGCAUCAACAUCAUCAUGGGCAUCAUCUGCAACAGCCAACAAAUCAUGCUAUGAUGCAGCAACAUCAUCAGCAGCAGCAACAGCAUCAUUUUACAACACCUGCUGCACCAUUGCCACCGCUACCACCAACACCACAAUCACUAACCGCUGUGGCUGCCAACGCAACGACAACAACAUCAGCUGCAUUGUCAUCAUCAGCAGCAGCUCAAACAAAACUAGCAACACCUCAGCAACAACCGCAACCUCUAAUCAGCAAUUCGUUGGCCAUACGUCAAGAAAUACAACGUUUCGAAAGUGUUCAUCCAUCGAUUUAUGCCAUCUAUGAUUUAAUCGAUUUACUACCCAUAACGGAUGCUCAAAUCGCUCAACAAAUAAGAGAUCAUGUUGUCUGUAUUGAAGAUUCCUUUGUAAAUAGUCAAGAAUGGACGAUAUCACGCUCUGUGCCAGAUUUACGUUUGGGCAUUGUUGGCUCCUUGAACUCCGGCAAAUCGGCAUUGGUACAUCGUUAUCUGACGGGUUCCUAUAUGCAAGAAGAAUCACCCGAAGGUGGUAGAUUCAAAAAAGAAGUAUUCAUAGAUGGCCAAAGUUAUUUACUACUAAUCAGAGAUGAAGGAGGUGCUCCAGAAAUGCAGUUUGCUGCUUGGGUUGAUGCUGUUAUUUUCGUUUUUAGUUUAGAAAACGAAUCCAGUUUUAAUACAGUCUACAAUUAUUAUACAAAAAUGGCUCAUUUUCGUAACGGUCAAGAGAUACCCAUGAUUUUGGUGGGCACUCAAGAUGCCAUUAGCGAACGCAAUCCCCGUGUUAUAGACGAUUCUCGUGCCCGUAAAUUGGCCAAUGAUUUGAAGAGAUGUUCAUAUUAUGAAACCUGUGCUACAUAUGGCUUGAAUGUGGAAAGAGUUUUUCAAGAUGCCUGUCAAAAGAUUCUCUCCCAACGUCUACCCCUACCCGCAAAUGUUACCUCCAGACCCACCACACCCCAGGGCACACGGUUGGGCAUAGCCUCCUAUCAUCACAACUCACAAAAUGGCACCAAUACUAAUGGUUUUGCCUCCAGCAAUCCUUCCUCCAACUCCAUGCAGACAUCGGGUGCUGGUGGUGGCGCUGCUGGUAAUCUCACCCUACCCCAUAGACAUCAUGUACUGUCCAGUUCAACACAUCACAUACCCAUGCGUAUGAGUGCUGACUUUGUGCAUGGCGAACAGCAGCACAGUCUGCCGCCCACAGGCAAUGCUCAAAAGCUGUGGCAGCAGCAGCAACCUCAAGAAACCCAACAUGUACAAUUGAGAUCUCAUCACAAUCGCGAACGUGACUACAAUUUGACCAAUGAAAACAACAAUAUAACCAAAUAUAACCCACAGGGUUCAAAUUCCCAAAAUAGUUCAGCCUCCGAGCAGUUGGCUCCUUUGUCGUUGGUGCCUUUAAGAGAGAAAGACUCUAAUUUGGCGGUGAGUGGCAAAGAUUUACCCACACCCACAUCAACACCCACAGCCAGUAGGAAAUCGCGCAGAAGAUCGAAUCUCUUUAUACCUUCUUCCUCCAAAAAGGGAGAGAAAGAAAUGAAAAAUGGUGAAUUAGGUAGUGGACGCUCGAUACCCAUUAAACAGGGUUAUCUCUACAAAAGAUCUAGUAAAUCGUUGAACAAAGAAUGGAAAAAGAAAUAUGUGACCUUGUGUGAUGAUGGCAGACUGACUUAUCAUCCAUCGUUGCAUGAUUAUAUGGAUGAUGUACAUGGCAAGGAGAUACCCUUGCAAUAUGUAACAGUUAAGGUGCCCGGACAAAAGCCCAGAGGCUCCAAAUCUAUUAUAACAAAUAGUGCUUUGACCACAUCAAUGUUGUCUACCAAUAAUGCUUUCGAACCCUUAAAGGAGUCUGCUGUCAAGUCCAACUCUUCACAACAAACCAGCGGUGACGAAGGCAUAGCCAUGUCCAAUUCAAAUUCUCAAACCUUUAUAGCCGGCACCACGGAGAACUCACAGCGAGAACUUUUAGCUGUUAAUGCCUCCAAUAAACUGGAAGCCCAAACACCCAAUGUUAAGAAACGUCAUAGACGCAUGAAGAGCAGCAGUGUUAAAUCCAAUGAAAUUGAUGAUUCUGAUGGCUAUGAGUUUUAUAUUGUUUCAUUGGACUCCAAACAAUGGCACUUUGAGGCGGCCAAUUCCGAGGAAAGAGACGAAUGGGUGGCGGCCAUAGAACAGGAGAUUUUCAAAAGUCUACAAACCAUAGAAAGUACCAAAUUGAAGCCGGCUACUACUAGUGAGUUGGCCUCCAUGGUGACGAUACGUACGCGGGUACCGGGUAAUGGCUAUUGUGUCGAUUGUGAUGCACCAAAUCCCGAAUGGGCCAGUUUAAAUUUGGGUGUCUUAAUGUGCAUUGAAUGUUCGGGUAUUCAUCGCAAUUUAGGUUCUCAUAUAUCUAAAGUACGCUCUUUGGGUCUGGACGAUUGGCCAGCCGGCCAUUUAAGUGUUAUGCUGGCCAUUGGCAAUAGUUUGGCGAAUUCUGUAUGGGAAUCUAAUACACGCCAGCGUACAAAACCCAAACCAAAUUCAUCUAGGGAAGAGAAAGAGGCCUGGAUUAGAAGUAAAUAUGAGGCCAAAGAAUUUUUAACUCAACAGAAUACCAAUACAAAUGCUACACCCGGUCAGCAAUUAAUUGAAGCUGUGAUUAGAUCUGAUAUGAAAUCCAUUGUUUUAAUAUUGGCCAAUGCCAAUACUGAAGUCACCAAUGCCAAUGUUAGUCCUAGAGAUGUUAGGACUCCCUUACUAUUGGCCUGUGCCAUUGGCAACCUAGCCAUAGCUCAACUUUUAAUAUGGAAUGGUGCCAACAUCAAACACACCGAUCAUGAGGGUCGCACUUGUUUGGCCUAUGCCAGAGCUGCUCAAUCUUUGGCCACCGCUAAAUCCUUAAAGGCAGCCGCCGCAGCAGCUGCUAAUUCACAAAACGCCAGCACCAGUAAUACAAAUUCCAGUAUGGCUAGCAAUACUUCAUCGUCAUCAUCCUCGGUAUCCAAUGCUACCACAACCUCAACUAACUCAGUUUCAGCCAGCAACAGCUGCAGCACGGCUAACAACAGCACUACCACGAAUGGUGGUAUACCAGCGCCUCACUAUAGUGUGGAAGAGACCACAGCUUUGGUGGAACUUUUAACGGGUUUGGGUUGUCCCGAAUCGGCUCCAUUAACAGCCAGUGGCACAUUACCACGAAGACGGGAUACUUUGGGUACACCCUAUGAGAAAACCGUAUCAGGGGUGAUAUAAAAUAAUCAUAUAUU